ACUCUCUUUGGGUGAGAACAUGGGCUGCCAGCUCCCAAAUCAGCCACCCCAGCCCAGGAGGAGGGAUUAGAUAUGCACCAGCCUAUCAGAUGGCAAGAUAGAGGAGCUGAGCAGGUACCCACCCCAUCCUUUCCCCCUUUUAAAUCUCUUCUUCCAGCUCAGGGAUGUUUAUUCCAGAGCCAGCAAACUCUCCUUGGAGGACUGGGGAAAAAAAUCCCCGAGCAUGGCUAAGCAAAGGUGUGUCCGGUUUUCAACGGAGAAGGUUAUCAGCACUGUCCAUAUUCUGGGCACCGAGCUCUUCCUGGACAUCCAUGGGGCAGCCCCGAGGGCUGCGACCUGCUUCAAGAUCUGGGCCACCCACGGCCUGAACAUCUACAAAAUCGAAGAUCACAUGACAAAAUCAACAAAACCGUCAAAAUCGAAGGUUUCCUGCCAUGACUCAACAUGGCCGCUGGACCGAACCGUCAAGUUCAGCGCCACCAUGGAUGCACCAAGCGACCAAGUCGAUGACGAAAAGAUCAGAGUUUCGUACUAUGAAUGUAACGACAAGGUCCCCAUCGCCAAAGCGAUUCUGCAUAUUACCUGCAUAGAAAUGUCCUUGGAUGCUGAUAUAAACCGUUUGGGAAUGGUGACCAGAGGAGGGAAGCAAAAGGAUCAGUGGACAUGGGGGCCAGAUGGAAAAGGUGCCAUUCUCUUGGUGAACUGCGACCGAGACAAUCCGACAGCCAACGAGGAAGACAACAAGGACACCAAGCUGACGUCCAAGCAAGACCUCCAGGACAUGUCCCGUAUGAUCCUGACAACUCAGGGACCUAAUGAAGUUUUUGCAAACUACCAGCUGACUCUCCACAUCUCGAAAGCUGAUUGUGACAGAGUGGGAGUCUUCUACGCUCAAGACAAGAAGGAACAGAGAUAUUACAAACAUGUUCUAGGAUCCGAAAAAAUCUCCUACCAUGUGAAACGGAACCUUGGUCAAGUGGAGAGCAUUUUCUAUGUGGAAGGGCUGAAAUUUCCAGACAUUGACUUUUCAGGGCUUGUCACUUUCCACGCUUCACUCCUGGAGCCCGCCAAGAAGGAGGUCCCAGAAACUUCCAUUUUCACGGAUACAUUGGUCUUCCGGGUUGCUCCAUGGAUUAUGACCCCAAACACUUUGCAGCCAGUUUCUGUUUACGUCUGCAGUGUUGGUGACAAUAAGGAUUUUGUGGAACAUAUAAGGAAGCUUGCCAUAAAAGCUGGAUGCAAAUAUAUUAUCUGCCCAGAAGAGAAAAAUCGAGGCGACAGAUGGAUCCAGGAUGAGAUGGAGUUUGGGUACAUCCAGGCUCCCCACAAAACAUUUCCGGUUGUCUUUGACUCCCCAAGGAACAGAGGGCUCAAAGAUUUCCCCUUUAAGGAGGUUUUGGGUCCAGAUUUUGGGUAUGUAAAACGGGAACUAAACUCCAAGGAGUCUGAUUCUAGCCUGGACUCAUUUGGGAAUCUUGAAGUCAGCCCUCCGGUGAAUGUCAAACAUAAGGAAUAUCCCCUUGGGCGUAUCCUAAUAGGGGCAUCUUUUCCUAGGAACAAUAACCCAAUGUCCAAACUUGUCAAGGACUUCCUCUACCACCAAGUUGUACAAUCUCCCAUUGAACUCUACACGGAUUGGCUCUAUGUGGGACACGUAGAUGAAUUCCUCACCUUUGUACCUGCUCCAGAUCAGAAGGGUUUCCGUCUGCUGCUGGCCAGCCCGAGAGCCUGCUUCAGACUGCUGGAAGAGAAGGAAAAGGAAGGACACGGGAAAGCCAAAAUGCUUGAAGGACUUGAAUUCCAGGGUGGGCAGGAUCAUAGGCCCCGUUCCAUAUCAGAAAUUAUAGCUGACAGAUUGUUACGGCAGUAUAAUGACAAGUGCCAGAAGUAUAUUGAUUGGAACAGAAAAACCCUUAAGGAGGAGCUGGGUCUGACAGAGAAAGACAUUGUUGAGAUACCUCAGCUUUUUCAGUCUCAUCUCCCGUUUCCUAAGUAUUCCGUUUCUGAAGUGCUCAAGGAUCCCGCUGAUGCUUAUUUCCCAGACAUGGUAAAUAUGAUUGUUCUGGGGAAACAUCUGGGCAUCCCAAAGCCGUUUGGACCCAUCAUUGACGGCCAAUGCUGCUUGGAGAAAGAGGUCCGACGUCUCCUGGAGCCCUUAGGGUUGUCCUGCAAUUUCAUCGAUGACUACGGAACUUACUACCUCAAAUAUGGCGAUGUUCAUUGUGGCACAAAUGUCCGCCGGAAGCCCUUUUCCUUCAAGUGGUGGAACAUGAGGCCUUGAGGGCCUCAUCAGUUUGUUUUCCACCCAAUGAAGAUGAUGAGACAGUUCUUGUGGAUCUUGUCCUGCACUUCCUCAGGAAAUCCAAUAACUUUUCCAAGAAUU